CACAACUAUUAACAUAUGUUUACACACAUAUUGAUAGAAACAUAAACACAUUUUUUCCUCAGAAAUCCAGCGCAAACACACCCGCGCACUUGGACACACCUUGCGAGUCACAUGACCGAGUUGUGGGGUCCUGUGUCAUGCAGUCAGGUGUGGAGGAUAUAGAAGUGCAGUUACCUGUGUGACACCUGGCUUCCAAGCUCGUCAACAUGGCGUCUGUGAGGCUUCUGUCUACAGUAGUCUUCACCGCUUGUAUAGGUGCGGCUUAUGGAGGUAGUACGUGUAGCUACUACACCUACAGCUACUUUACCAGCAGCUACAGCUACAUAUAUAAAUAUUGCACAUACGACUGCUGUGUCAGUGACUGCUGCACCUACACGUCGUCGGACACCGACAACACCUACACGUCGUCGGACACCGACAACACCUACACGUCGUCGACAAGAAACACCUUCUACAGUGUCACCGUCUGGAUCAUCGUCGGAUGCGUCAUCGCUGGCGUUCUUACCAUCUCGCUGAUCAUCGCCUGCAUCUGCUGCUGCGUCAGAAGACGCGCGACACAGGGUCAAGUGAUUCAGUACAACGCCGCCGCCAACACGGGGCAGGUGUCUGUCGUCAGCUCAGUGAACCAGGCGACAAGUGCCACUGCCACUCCCACAGCUCCCAGUUAUCCCUAUGCAGGGCAAUAUGGCGGACAGGUUGGCGGACAAUAUGGCGGACAGCCUGGUGGACAGUUCUGUGGACAGUCUGAUGGACAGCUUGGCGGACAGCUUGGUGGACAAUAUGGCGGACAGCCUGGAGGACAGUCUGAUGGACUGCUUGGAGGGCAGCCUGGCGGACAGUUUUGUGGACAGUAUGGCGGACUGUUUGGUGGACAAUAUGGCGGACAGCCUGGCGAACAGUUUGGCGGACAGUAUGGAGCCCCAUACCAUGUACAGCCAUUAGCACCACCUUCUUACGACAGUCUACAGGCCCAAGACGGCAACAAGGGGGAGACCAUCGUCUCACAAUCACCUGUUGAAAACCCUUAGAACAGUCAUCUCCCCUUUCGUCAAAACGUCACGUGACCUGUGACUCUGGGUUAUCCACAGUGUCUUUAUGUACAUCGGAAACGAUGACGACAUUGUCUGCAGACGAUUUAGAAAUAGGAAAGCUGAUUGGAAAGUAAAACUUUGUAUGACAGGUACAUGUUGUCAAGUUUUGUGUCAGUUACCUCCCACCUCCUGAAAACAUUGAUGACCUAUUGUGAUGAG